GUUAAAAUAGUGAAAUGGUAAAAAUAAAAAUUUGUUGGCUAACAUGGAUUGAGUCACAUAUAGAUCGUUUCCGGCGUGCGAAAGUCUUUUCCGGUGAACGAAUCAGUUCCUUCACUGUUUACAUCAGAAGUGUGAGCAUCAUCCAGUUUCAUCUUAACUGGUGCGAGCUCCACGCUGCACUUAUCUUGACCCUCUACCUAAUUCAAAAUGCCCAGAGAAAUUAAAGAGAUCAAGGACUUCCUCCUUAAGGCCAGGAGGAAAGACGCCAAAUCUGUCAAGAUAAAGAAGAACUCUGAGAACACCAAGUUCAAGGUGCGCUGCUCACGGUUUCUUUACACCUUAGUCAUUACCGACAAGGAAAAGGCUGAGAAGCUUAAGCAGUCCCUUCCCCCAGGUCUGCAGGUAAAAGAAAUCAAGUGAGAUGUCUUUUAGUUAAUAAAAGUUAUAAAAUACAAA